AAGCCUGACAAAUAGAAAAAUACUACAAAGUGAAGAGAAAAUUCACUUCACGAGAACUGAGCUCUGCUUUCAUUGGCUUUUAAAUUUAUUUAAAUUAAUAGCUGAUCAGUGUCAGGUCAUCUCUGUAGUCUGCUGUGGUGAAAUUAUUAAGCUAAAGCUGGAAAAAAUGAAACAGUUAAAAAGAAAAAGAAAAAGCAAUUUUAGUGUUCAGGAAACUCAAACACUCCUUAAGGAAAUCAGGAAAAGGAGAGAAGUACUCUUUUCAAAGCAACUUAAUACUACAAUUAAUGAGAUGAAACGGAAAGCUUGGGAGGAAAUAGCAGAGUGUGUCAAUGCUGUAGGUGAAGGAGAGCAAAGAACAGGGACAGAAGUGAAAAGGAGAUACCUUGACUGGAGAGCACUCAUGAAGAGAAAACGUCUGAAUGCAAACAUCAAAGUAGUAGGUGCUGGGUUUCACCUUCCUUCAUCCAAUUUAGAUGACUCUCUCAAUGAAGACAUGGAUGAGAAAAUGGGAUUUGCAAUUGAAUCUAGUUUUGAAUGGCAAAAUAUCACUGACUUCAGAGAAGCUGGUGGAUCUUUAACAGAAAUCAAAGUAGAAGAGGAAGAGGAGGAUCCGCAGAAUUUCGAAUUUCCUAUUGAGGAAGAAGAAGAAAUAUUGUCAUCAGUUUUGCCAGAUUCAAAAAAGGAAAAUGACCUACCAGACUUCCCCCACAUUGAAGAGUUUGGAAAUCUAAGCUCUGCUCAAGCUAGGCUAGCUUAUGAAGAUUCUCACUUGCUUAUCAAUCUGGAGAAGCAAAAGGUGGAGCUGGAGAAACAGCGACUAGACAUCGAAGCCGAAAGGUUGCAGGUGGAGAAGGAGCGUCUGCAGAUUGAGAAAGAACGGUUACGGCACGUGGACUUGGAGCGCGAGAGGCUUCAGAUUGAGAAGGAGCGAUUGCAGAUUGAAUGGGAGAAACUCAGGCUGGACACUCUGCAUGCUGAAAAACCUGCCCUGGAAAAUGACCUCACCCAAACAGAAAAACCCAUCAUGCAGCCUCUGGAUCUAGAAACUGAAAAGUUAAAACUUGAAAAAGAACGUUUGCAGUUAGAGAAGGAGAGGCUGCAGUUCCUCAAGUUUGAGUCAGAGAAGCUGCAGAUUGAGAAGGAACGCUUGCAAGUGGAGAAGGAGCGCCUUCGAAUUCAGAGAGAGGGUCACUUGCAGUGAACUUCUUGACUAAAGUGUCAACGUUAGUGUUUUGGUGUUUCUAAAAUAGAGGUAGUUCUUUUCUUAAUACUGAAACUGCCCUAGAGGCUUAACGUUCCUCUGUUCAGAGUUGAAUGUUGAUGUUAAACUGAAGAAGAAAAAGAGAAUGGUGCUCAAUAUGUCAGUGUGCCUACAUAAAUGAGCUUAUGUGUGAAAUAGCUUUUCAGUGUAUCAGAACUAAGUGUUAUUUUCUCUUGUCUUCAGUAUUGUGUUGUAUUAGUUCAGUGUCCUCCUCUUGUAGAUGUGUUGAGAAGAAUCAGGGCUGAACUUUGUACUUUUUGUUGCUGUACUAACAGUAAGGAAGG